AGGAUGACACAGAAGCCAUCGGCGCACUCCUUGGUCCACGCCAACCCUGACGAGGAUCAGAAGCACGGGUGGACUCUGAUCGUCAACGCCUUGGAGCGCUUCAACAAGGCCACCGCCAGCUGUUUGGCUAACGCCUUCUGGGUGAUUGGAGCACCCGGGAGUGGCAAGAACUGCCUGAUGUGCCGCAUCAUCAUGGACAGCGUGUCUCGGUACGACAAUCUGGUGCCUUUGCGUUUGCCCAUCAUGGACCUGGCAAAGCGCACGGACCAGAUGCCGGAGCGGGAUCCCAACGCGGUGCAGGCGUGGUUCGACAAGUACCUCCGUAUACUUCUUGGUGAGGACACCCCGAGGUACAAGAUGAUGAAGAUGGCCAUCGCCAUGCGACGUGCGCUCUUCCUUUUCGAGGGCUUGGACGCCGCGGGCUCCGAGCGGAACCUCAUGGAGGCGGUGGAGAUGUUGAUCCAAGGCCUGGUGAAGGAGGGCCACUUCCUUCUGAUGACCUCGAGGCCGCUGCAGCCGGGCACAAUGCACCUCCAGGACAUUGCCGAAUACCUGGUUGUCAUGGAGAUGCAGCCGCUGACAGAUGAGCAGAAGCGGGCCAUCGCGAACCAGCGCCUGGGGCCACAAGGCCUUCAGUCCUUCAAUGCCUUCAUUCAGAAGAUGCGCGCAGGCCAGCACAGCAACGAGGAGGCCCAGGGGCAAGUUGCGCAGAAGGAGCAGGAGGACAUCUUUGGGAACCCCAUGAUGCUCAGCAUGCUUCUUUGCUACCUCUCUCCGAAGGCGGGCGACGACACCCGCAAGCGCCGGCUCACGGACGAGGAGACCCCGGUUGACUUGAUGGCAGUCUACCGCGUCUCCGUGUCCGUCAUGCUGAAGCGCAUGCUGCUGCAGCAGCAGGCGGACCGCCACAUUCCGGAGGAGGCCUUGGUGCAGUGCUCGCGGGUGCUGGAGCGCGCGGCCAUGAACAUGCAGGCAAAACACGUCACGGAGCUGGAGUGCGAAGCCUUUGAGAAGGAGCUGUCAACCGAUCUGAAGGCAAGCUGGACCAGCCUGCGCUUGGCCGUGGAGACAGGCCGUGCCAUGCUGCUUCGAAUGCAUCGCGAAGGUAACAGGACCUUCAUCCGCUUCAUGAUCAAAGGCUUCCAGGACUAUUUCAGCGCAUGUGCUAUCAGCAACAGCAAUGACUUUGAUGACUUGCCCGGGUACAAGCAACUGCUGACGGAGCCUUGGUGGGCGCAGAUGCUGGACAUGUUGGCGCAGGCUUGGCCCAAGAAGUACGUGCAGAUGAUGGAAAAGAAGAUCGAGAAGUUCGAUGCCGAGCAGAAGUACAGCGACGGGAGCUCCUUCCUGCACGUGGCGGCCGUCGAGGGUCACUUGCCCAUCUUCAAGCUGGUUCGCAGCUUCUCUGAUGCCAACCAGACCUACCUGUGGAAAGCUCGCAUCAGCGAUCAGAAAACCCCGCUGCACGUCGCAUCGCAGAAUGGGCAUCUCCUCGUGUGCAAAACGAUCUUAGAGAAGAAGGCGUCUGUGAAUGUGGAAGACAGCAAGGAGCGGCUGCCCUUGCAUUUGGCCCUGCAGCACGGCCACUUCCAGCUGGCGCGGUACCUGCUGGACCGCCUGGAGGAGGUACAAGCUGCCGGCAAGGAUGAGUCCAGACCCAAAAAGAAGAACAUCAUCGAGAGCCUGGCGUGCAGGAUCCUGGGCCAACCUGUUGAGGGCGAGAACUCUGAGCCCAUGGACGAGGAAGACUUCAAGAUGGAAGUCCCGGAAGUUUUUCUGGAGAUGAAGUACUUCAGAAAGGUGGAAGAGAAUGAGCGCGUGCGGCAGAUGGCGGCUCUUCUGAGCGUGUACUGGGUCAUUGCGGACCAGUACUACAACUUUUCUCGGGAGCAGCCUGCAGGGGACAAGCUGAAACCGGAGUCCUGGGAGCACAUGCUGCAGUGGGUGAAAGAGGUGGGCCUUACGCCGAAGCGGGUGGCUGCAGUUCUCGUCUACUGUGCCAUUGUGGGCAUCGGCAAGAUCAGCCCCUUCCAUCAGCACUUUGCGCCGGAUGCCACGGAGCCCAUCGGCGCCCUCGCCAGCAUCGUGACAAGGCACCAAGUGCUGGUGCCAUCCUUCCAGCGACUGGACGAGGAGGAGCAGAAUCUCAUCAUCUACUGCCUGAAGGCGCAAGCGAACUUCAACUUUGGCCAGUUUCUGCAGGGUGAGAGCCUGCCGGUCAGCUUGGCCAAGUGCAAGGAGCUUCUCAUUUGCCCACAAGAGACCAUCCUCCACGACGUCUUCAGUUUCUUCCUGCUCACGGUCUUCAUGUCCCUUUGCGCCAUCCUGGGUGUGAAGAGUUUGAACGGCUCACUGUUUAUGACAGAGGACAUGUACGACAACUUCAAGGUUGGCCUCGAGGCGCUGAAGACGCUCAAGGACAAGGAAGCGCUGACCGUCUACGACGGCUUUCUGCAAAAGCGGGCGGAGCUGGCCGGAGUGCAGUUCGACGAGAAGUGCCCAACCCAGGAGCAGAAGGCCAUCGUGCGCCUCAUUUGCCUCACCCGGGUUUUUGAGAAGUCGAAGGGCAAAAGGGUGCACGAUGAGUUCAUGUGCUUGGACCCAGACGUGCGGCAGGAGCUCACAGAAUUCCUGAACGCGGAUGGCUUGAACCAGCGCGGCUUCCUCCUGUUCCACUCGCCGGCGCUCAUGACCAACGCGGAGCAGAACAAGUCCUUGAGCCCGGCGGAGGCAAUGCGUCAGCUGCUGAAGAUGUACCAGCUAUCCGAAGAGGCGUUCCCUCCAGAAGGAGACGAUGCCGGCGUCAUCACCGUUAUGGUGGAGGAGAUGGCGAAUCAUGCCAAGAAGUGCCAGGACCCAGAGGUGUUCAAGAGCACCAACCUGGAGGUGAAGCGCUUUCAGGGCGCCAAUGCGGACCGCACCGCCAAGAUCGUGCUGAGCCCCUGGCAGAUUGUCACAGACCAGAAUUUCCUGGACGACGUUUGUGAGGAGGUGAACGAGCUCUUCCUGGAGGUGGCAAUGUCCAGCUGUACGGAGCAGGCCUUCCAAAGUCGCCUGAAGACCGCCUUCCCAGAGUUCAAAUACCUGGAGGGCGAGGGUGAGGAGGUCGCAGAGAUCAGGAAGCGCGCCCACUGCACGAUGCUCUGCAUCUACUGGCUGGCCUCCGACCGCUACGAGGAGUUCACCCGGGGCCAGGAGGUCUCGAAGCGACUCACGGAUGACUCCUGGGCCUUCCUGCGGGGCUGGCUGGGCCCACUGUUCGAGGAGGUGGAUGUGAUGAGUGUGGUUUGUGCCGCAGUCAUGGUGCGGACCAUUUGUGCCGUGCCCAAGUUCCGGCAGCAGCAGGCCAAGGGCCUCACCGAGUCCCGCGAUGUCAUGGCGCACGUGCUGAAACACUGCCCAAAGGUGCUGCCCUCAUACCAACGGUUGGAUGAGGAAGACAGAAUGCAGCUGGCAGAAUGCCUAGGCCACGACUUCGAGCUGAAGCUGUUCCUGGACGCGGAGAGCUGCCCGGCGGGCCUGGCGGUGCUGUCCAAGUUGGUGCAGGGCGAAACCCCCGAGGUGGCGACGCGGAGGUCGUUGGACUCCUUGUCCAUCCUUAUGUGGUCGUCCUUCCUGGAGCUUGCAGGCUCUAUGGGUGCUGAGAGUCAGGAGGGCUCGCUCUACAUGACGGAGGAGAGGUGCAAGAAGAUCCAGGUCGCUACCGAGAGCAUCCGGCAGAUGGGUGAGAAGAAGAGCGAGGUGCAGGUCUAUGACCUGAUCCUGGAGAAACGCGCAGAGGCGGUGCACCUGAGCUUCAACCAGUCGGACGGCGCCUCCAAGGCUGUGGCAAGGCUCAGCUGCCUCGCUUCCUCCCGCGACGCCACGGACGCGGGGAACGUGGAGAAGGCGUUGAAGGCGCUGGCGCCGGAGGAGUACAACCGUAUGGUGAAGUAUUUGACCAAUGGCAGCGGCGAGCACGUGCCGGAGGCGGCCGAGGUCACCGCCGGCGAGGAGCGCCCAGUCUACGCGGUGCUGCAGGCCGCCUCCUUCCUGGAGAAGGCCCGGGACAACCCAGAGAUCGGCCUCACCCAGGCCACCCGUACCCUACUGCGGGUCUACGAUGCUGCAGAGCUCGAGUUUCAGGAUGUGCGGGCGCCCAUGGUGCGGAUCCGCCUGGGGAAGCUGGCCCACUUCGCGGCGCACUUCGUGGGCUCCGCGAAGUUCCAGGACGUGCCCUUCGAGCUGAAGCGCACCUACGAUUUGGAGGUGGAUGUGGUCCCAAAGGUAUGGAUCCCCGUCACCAAUCAGCAGGUGCUGCAAAAGUUGAACUCAGAGGCGAUUGACCUUUGCACAGAGCUCCGCGACCACAAGCUGUCGGAGCGCAGUUUCAGAGAGCGGAUUUCGCACGUCUACCCGGAGCUGGCCUACUUCGGCCCCGGCGCCACCGCGCUAAGGGAGCAGAGCAUUUGCGCGUUGUGCUGUGUCUUCUGGCUCCAGACGAACAACCACGAGGCCUUCAUCCAGGGCCAGCCGACUGACAGCCAGCUCAGUAAGCAGAGCUGGGCGUGGAUCCAGGACUGGCUGGCCAAGUCGGUGAAGCUGGCCCCGGAGCUGUUGGAUGCCGCCCUGACCUUCAUGGCCAUCCACGCCCUCGGAAAGUACAAAGCUUUCCGAGCAGACUUCGAGUCUGUGAAGAAUUGCACGCCUGAAAUGCAUGACAUGGUCCUGGCGCAGAUUCUGGAAGAGCGGCCGGAGGUGGUACCGUCGGUGAACCGCCUCGACGAGAAGUACCGGUCCUUGAUCAUCGACUGCCUGCGAGUGGACUUCGAGUUCAGUCAGUUCCUGCUGGGGGAGAACACGGCAGCCAACCUCGUCAUGGUGAAGGAGCGGUUGAAGGCCCAUGGUCCGCAGGGCCACUCCUUCUUCCUCUUCCGCAUCUUCGCGCAGAUGUGCGGCAAGCUGGGCCCGAAAAGCCAGUUUGGCUCGCUGUUCAUGAACGAGGCCCGGUUCAAGCGCUGCACCCCCGGGCUCAAGGCCCUACAGCAGCUUUGGACCCGCGAUGGUAAGGCCUGCUAUGACGAAUUCAUGCUGCUCCGAGGAUCCAAGGCUAUGUCCCGUUUCGCCUCGCCGGAGCAUCAGGCGCUGUCCAGGCUUCUGUGUCUGUUUGAUGCCUAUGACAAGGACGAAGGCAGCAGCCUCUGCAACGCCUUUGACGAGUUGAGCAGCCAGGAGCGCGCCUGCCUCACCCAGUGGCUGAACUGCGACUCAGAGACCUGUGGGGUGAUCAUUCCCAACGCCGCGCAGAUGCUGCAGAGCGCCAAGAACAAUUGCGAAGUGGGACUCGCCAAUGCGCUCCGGAUGAUGCUGAAGGUCCGGCAAGAAUGUCUGGCGCACGAGAAGGACCGUGUGGCGCGGCUGGUGGUCCAGUUCAAUGGCCUGGUGACAUGGGUCAAGGACUAUCGGGGUGACAUGCCCGGCGACUGCUUGCAGGUGGCGCUUCAGUCCACCGCGGAGACACAGGGGGACACCAAGGUGGUGUGCCUCACCGUGGAUCCCUCGGUGCUGACGGUGGCCACCAGCGGCUCCCUGGGCCCGCUGAACGAGGCGGACCGCGAGCCGGAGGCGGAGGUGGACGCCGUGGAUGCGGAGUCCCACCCAUCGCCGCACGGGCCUUCCCCCAGGCAAUCGCCACGGACGCCCACCACGUCGGCGGCCUCGCCGGCAAGACACCUCCACGAUACGGAGACGCAGACGCAGCAGAGCGAGUCUCCGCAGCCCCCAGGCAGAAGACGGCCGAGUCCGCCUCGCCGCUUCUGCCUGGGCCGGUACAGCAUCGCCGGGCUCGCGCUGGCGUGGUUUGUGCUGGCCCUCUGUUUGGGGGAUGUGCAGUUCACAUUCAGCUGGCGGCAGCUUUUGGUUUCACUUUUAGUCCUGGCCCUGGUCAUGUUGGGCCUGUAUGUUCAAUGUAAUAAUAUUGAGAUCCCUGUGGAAAGCGGCAUGCCGGAGUUGCACCGCGGCCCCGCGGAGCCCUUCCUGGCGCAAUUGGGCGCGGCCCGUGAAGAACGGGCAAUCUGAAUCAGACGACUUUGGUUCAUGUUUGUUUUUUUUUUUGGCGGGAUGGGUGCAAUGUGCCAGCUUGACUUCUGAGGUCAGUUCGAAGGUGGCCAAAGAGGGAUGGGGUCAAAAGGUGCGAUUUGGUUGGAAACCCGGUUUGACAAAGGAGAGCAAACUGCUCUGUGCGGUA